AGCCAUUCUCGUUCCCUUCUAUAUCUAAAUCCUUCCUUUUUGCCUAACACAUCCCCUCUCUCUCGCCAUGGGUAUGGCCAUGAGUAACGUAAAUAAAGGGACGCCUUCUGCGCAACCAUUAUCGAUGAAGGCCUUAACAGAUAAACUCAAGGAGAUAUUUGCUCAUGGUAACUUCAAAAGCUUUGAAGAGUUCCACGUUAGUGUUCUUGAAAUCAUUGCCAAUUACAACUCAAGCAUGCCCGGCAUACCUUAUGAUGCACCAAAUCUCCAAGCUGUAAAGGAAUGCUUUAGUAAGUGGAAAAAGGCCAGUAAAGAGGAGAAGAUGAAGGUGAUUGAAGACUUACUUCCAAUGACCAAUCCAUACAGAACUGCCACCAUCGUCACUGGCAUUGUGGCACCUAUGGCCGCUAUGAUCGUGAAGAGGACCGCCGAAAACGUCCCUAUACUCGACAUGAUUAAAAUGGUCCCUGACGCUGUCUUUGUGCCAUUCGCAACCGUGGUCGCGCUUACAUCGAUCAGAUUCUUCCCGAAGAAUGCUCUCCAGAAACAUAAAAUCAAGUAUAGAAAAGCAUAAAACCAGAUGAAUAGCACCUAAUGAUCAGUAGCCAUGAAUGUGGUCCCUUGUGAUAUUCUACAUUACGUUGGUGCUCCAUGCACUUAAUAAUGAGUUGGAUGUGCAACAUAUAUGUAACUACAUUGUAUUUAUUUCUUUAUGUUUGUGUCUAUAGAAUUCUCCACAUUUAUGGGUAGCAGUUGGGGAGAGCAAUGAGCCAGGCCUCGCGGUCUGGUCUGGGCUGGACUAAGCCAAAGCCAAUGAUGAAAAGCCUAGUGUGGUCCGUUACCUUGGUAUA